UCAGGCGUGUUGUUGUGAAAGUGCGAUGGAUUUGCGAUUAUCACAUUCAAUAUUUUCACAGAAUUUCACAAAAUCUUAGUGAUUAAUUAGUUAAUAAUUAUUACAUUAAUUUGACUAACAUCAGAAGUUAGUAGAGAGUAUUGGAAGGUAAGAAUGAUAUCUACUUUAUUUUACAAGAGUGCGGUUGCGACCCAACCAGCGCGUUACGUGCUGAUGGCUUCACACGGCAUUGGACCUGGUUCCUGGAUUAGCCGGUUUUGGCGGAACAAUCAGAGGAACAUCUCGGUGAUUGAACAAGGAAUAAAAGACAGUAAGCUGCCGCGUUUGUGCCACACAAAAACUUAUCAGAAACUAACACGGAAUGUUUCCGGGAAUGUAGUUAGCCUUGAUCUGGAACGAAUGGUUGACUCAACGGAAGAUUGUUCAGUGAAUAAGUUCACUAAUAGAACACAUAACUGCGGAGAACUUCGAACUAGCCAUGUGGACCAGGAGAUAGUAAUCUGUGGAUGGUUGGAGUUUUCCAGACUGAAUAAGUUUUUCACGCUUAGAGAUGGCUAUGGAAGCACCCAGAUAUUUAUUCCGGAUGAAUUGGCUGCCGAAGUAAACCUGAACAAUAUACCGUUCGAAAGCAUUUUGAGGGUGGAAGGUAAAGUGGUGAAACGACCUAAAGGUCAGGAGAAUCCGCGUUUGCCAACCGGAGAAGUGGAAGUCGUUCUUGGAAAUGUGGAAGUACUGAAUAAAGCCAGAAAUCGGUUGCCCAUCGAUAUCAAAGAACAUAACAAGGCAAAGGAAAACCUUCGACUAGAAUUUCGGUACAUCGACCUGAGAAGUACGCAAUUGCAGCGUAGUUUGAGACUGCGGUCACAGAUCAUAAUGAAAAUGCGCGAAUACAUGAUCAAUCAGUGUGGGUUCGUGGAGGUUGAAACUCCAACGCUUUUCCGGAGAACACCAGGGGGGGCUCAAGAAUUUGUAGUCCCAACGCGAAAACCUGGCCAUUUCUAUUCCUUGGUGCAAAGUCCUCAGCAGUUCAAGCAGAUGUUGAUGUCUGGAGCAAUCGAUCGGUACUUCCAAAUUGCUCGCUGCUAUCGAGAUGAGGCAACACGACCUGAUCGUCAACCGGAAUUCACCCAACUCGAUAUCGAGCUUUCUUUUACUGAUCGAGACAAAAUCAUGACCCUAUUAGAAGGCGUGCUUGCUAGUUCAUGGCCUGUAAACGGCGAACCAUUGAAGGUUCCGUUUCAACGCAUAACCUACGCUGAAGCCAUGAACCGUUUCGGGAUAGACAAGCCAGACACUAGGUUUGAGUACGAGCUGCAAGAUGUUGGUGGCCACAUAAAACUGAAUCCAAAUCUGACACGUGGACUUGACGAGCAGAUCUUUGGGGCUUACGCAAUCGUUGCUAGGAAUCCUCACAGCGCAGCACCAACAUCACUGAAGAAAACAUUGGAAACCGUUUCGAAGGAGCACAAAAACUGCCGAUUCGUGUUGAGCGCAGUUACAGAUAAUUGGCUGAAGUCAUCGAUCGUUAAUUUACUGGGAGAUGAAGUUGCUAGAAAGCUUCAAAAUCAUCUAACUCUUCAACCCGGAGAUUUACUUCUACUAGGAUUUGGAAGUCGCUUAGAAACGCAAAAUCUAAUGGGCCGCAUUCGGUUGGCAUUUUACGACAGUUUGGAAUCCCGAAAUCUUGUCCCGUUGCGAUCUUCAACCGAUCAAAAGUUUCUCUGGGUGUACGACUUCCCUAUGUUCGCGCCGAAUGAGGAAACCGGCCAUCUGGAAAGCGUUCAUCAUCCCUUUACAGCUCCGCAUCCCGAAGAUUUUCCCAAAUUGCACGAGAAAACUGACCUCCAGGUAAUUCGUUCGCAGUCGUUUGAUCUGGUUUGGAACGGAGUCGAGAUUGGUGGGGGAUCGGUUCGAAUUCACGACGGAGCUCUGCAAAAGAUGGUCUUGGAUGAGGUUUUGCAGAUCGAGCACGCCCAUUUGCAACAUCUGUUGGAUGCGUUGGAGUGUGGAUGUCCACCGCAUGGAGGUUUCGCGGUAGGACUGGACCGGUACAUUGCACUUUUAUGCAGUGCACCAUCGAUCCGUGAUGUGAUUGCAUUUCCCAAGUCGUCCGAUGGGAAGGAUCCGCUUUCGAAGGCACCCGUACCGAUUAGUGAGGAGGAGAAAAAGUUGUAUCACAUUCGAACGGUUGAUGUAAGUUAACGGAUUCUGUUUGAGAUAAAAGUGAGUAUAUAAUCAUUGUUAACUAGUCCAAAUACGAUAAUUGAAUAAGAUUACUGUUUCGAUAGAC